GUUAACUUUGGGACCUUCAGAAUCUGCAGUUUCAUUUCCGCCUUUUUGUUUCCUCACAGCGAACAGAAACUUUCAUGUUUGUAGUUUUGUUUCCUCAACAUGGAAAUAACAGAGUUUCACUUCUUCUUCUUCUGUUGUGUUUUUACGCUGUUUUCACGAAACGACGGUCUUCCGGUUUCAGCUGGGCCUGUGACGAGGUUUUCCCUUCCUGGGGGGAACGUAGUUCUGCCGUGUCGGCCCGCCUCACCUCUGUCACAUGACCUGGUUUUGGAGUGGUUACGAGUCGAUGUUCUCCCCUCACUGACGCUCUUCGUUCUGCGUGAUGGCGAGGAGCUUAAGCAGGACAAAGAUGAUAGAUACGUCGGGAGGACGGCCCUGACUGAUGGUUAUUCUUUGAGGCUGCUCGAUGUCCAAUCGCAGGACAACGGCACGUACAGUUGUGUCUUUUGGAGAGGAACACAACGUCAACACCAGGAGUCCGUCUCUCUCAUCGUUGCUCGGGUGUCUGAAGUGAACAUCUCUACCUCGAAGAUGCCGUCCAAUGAGCUGCUUGUUGUCUGUGAGUCCUGUGACUGGUACCCGCCCCCGCAGGUGUUUCUGCUGGACUCCACCAGAAAGGACCUUCACGCCCUCACUAAGCGCUCAACCGGGCGAGACGGCUUGGUUUCCUUCAGCGCGACCCUUCACCUGAACAAAGCAACGCUAACAGGAAACAGGACCGUUAUCUGCAGAGUGGAAAUCCCAGAAAUGAACCUGGUGAGGGAGAGUCAGAUUGAUGUCGGAGAAGGCUUCAGUCCCCAGGAGGCAGGAUCUCUACCCCUGGUCAUAAGCGUCCUCUGUGUUUUGUUGCUGUUUUGUAUCAUCAUCACCUGCGUUACUGUUUACUGUUGGAGGCGUUGUCAAGAGCACAUCUUAAGAAAGACCAAGCCGAAGAAAGGCUCAGGAGCCAGCGAAGAUUAUUUACUAGAACUCUUUGGUUCCGUGGAGACAAGUGCUGGAGAGAUGGAAGAUAAUAAAACAUCAGAGGGGAAAGCUGAAGCAAGGGAAGUUUUUCCCUCAGAUGAACCUCUUCCUCGAGUGCAUGCAGACAUCAUGAAUGUGGAAACGACGGGCACUAUUCAGACGGUGAGGGUAAACAGGCUGAGUAAGACCGGAGUUGAAGCUUCUGAAGAGUUGGCAGAUAGAGACCUGACUGAGAUGGAGAAGUACAAGAGGACAUCCUGUUCGUGGGAAAACAACGUGGUGUCCAUCCUGCCCUCAUCGCCGCCAUCAUCUCCAGACAGUCUCAGGCUGGAACAAGCCUGAGUCAGACGGGUUAUGGAACAUUUGACCAUGACUGCUUCGGCCUCAUGCAGAUCAAUAAGCUUUACCACAAGCUGGAUGAACGUACAGGACCGUUCAGCAGGGAGCACCUGGACCAGGGAGCCGCCUACCUCCGCUUGCUC